AUGCAGGGAUUUCUGAAAGUGUUUGGACAUCCUAACCCGAAAAAUCCCAUCGGUUAUGGAAUAGAUUCCGUGUUCCCGCAAUUGAUUGCUGACGCUCAGUGCCUUCAUAUCGUCGCUGGCCGCGGGUUCGCUUGCACCAUCCUCAUUGCGACCACGAGCAAAGGAGCCAUCUACUUUGGGCGCUUGCUCCUGGGGCUCUCCAACGGCUUCCUCGUCACAUUUUCCAACAUCUACGUCUCGGAAGUCGCUCCAGCUUACCUGCGAGGUGUGCUCGUUGCGCUCGUCAGCCCUUGGGUCAGUAUGGGCGCCAUCCUGGGCGCGGCCAUUGACAAUGCCACCAAAACCCGAGUGGACAAGUCUUGUUACCAGCUCCCCACGGCUUGUCUGUACAUUGUCCCGGUACUGCUGUCGGUGGGACUUUUCUUCGUUCCAGAAAGUCCUCGAUACCUCCUUUUCCAGCGUUACGAAGCCAAAGCAAAACAAUCUCUGGUCCGAGUCCGAGGAGAGCUCUCCAAUCAAUGA